UGGCAGACUGCCCUGCUAAUAAUCCAGUGAAACUCUAAUCUCUCUCUCUCUCUCUCAUAUCACAUUUGGAGCAAAGCAUUAAAUGUCCAUUGGAGUUUGCCAAAACACGGCAACGUCUCUCAUGGAGUUUGUCCAAAAUAGACCGGAUGAUCAUGAUCAUGAGUGCCAGAAGAAAGACAAGAACAACACUGCCGACCAUGUGAUAGUUAUCAUGGACCAGCAAAACCGUAAACUCCACCCUUCUCCUCUCAAUCAAUCAGACCCUAUCAACAACAACAGCAGCAACAACAUCGAUCCAAUACCUCCUACUCCAUCAAGAGCCAAAAUUGUCCCCCGCCUCAACUUCUCAAAGCCAACGUCCCGCUUCGGUGAGGUUGUUAAAAUCAACUCUCCCAAGUCCGCUCCUGAAUACUCUCAGGAAAGAGAACCGAAACCCUCGCCUGAUGAGUCCUCUUCAUCAUCUGAAGACAACGAUGGUUGGUACGAUGACGAAGAUGAUGAAAAGCUUGAGGGCAUUGGAUAUGCAGACGGAAACCAUAGGAGGAGGAAACUGAACAAAACGGCAUUACUAGAAUGGUUUCUCUUCCUCACAAUUAUGACUUGCUUGAUUUGCUCCCUAGCCCUACAUCGACUCCGGACAGAGACUCUCUGGGGUUUGAAGAUGUGGAAGUGGUGCCUCAUGGUGAUGGUGGUGUUCUGCGGACGGCUCGUGUCGGAGUGGCUUGUCGGGUUCAUUGUAUUCCUCAUAGAGAGGAACUUCAUGCUGAGGGAGAAGGUCUUGUACUUCGUGUAUGGGCUCCGCAAGAGCUUCCAAAACUGUGCAUGGUUGGCCUUGAUCUUAGUGGCUUGGGUCAUCAUGUCCCCUAACGUUCACAAGCACCACAAAGUGUUGAAGAAGCUCUUUAGGACUUUAGUAGCGGUGCUCAUCGGGGCAACAAUAUGGCUCCUUAAGAUUGUGCUUGUCAAGGUGUUGGCUUCAUCAUUUCACGUGACGACAUUCUUCGACCGAAUGAAGGAGAGCGUGUUCCACCACUACAUUCUCGACACCCUCUCGGGCCCUCCACUGGACAAGGCAGAAAGGGAGCAGUCGAAGGAGGUCCACCGCCGCCUAUUGCAGCAAACAAGGUCGUUGCCACCAAGGCUUGGGUCGAGGAGAAUAGAUAUGGAGAGGCUAAAGAAGCUGAGCCUGCAGCAGCGGGCCUCGGCCAGGAGCGUGAGGCAGCUUGUGAGCUACAUUAGGCAGUCGGGGCUGUCGACCAUCUCGAGGACGGUGGACGACUUCAGCAAGGCUGAGUCGGAGAUCAACAGCGAGUGGAAGGCCUGGAGCUGCGCUCAACAAAUCUUCAAGAACGUCGCCAAGCCAGGCGCCAAAUAUAUAGAAGAGGAAGAUCUGCUCAAUUUUUUGAAGAGAGAAGAGGUCCACACGCUAUUUCCAACUUUUGAGGGAGCUCUUGAGACUGGAAGAAUUACCAAGUCCUCCUUUAGAAACUGGGUGGUACAUGCAUAUUUUGAGAGGAAGGCAUUGGCACACUCCUUGAAUGAUACGAAGACUGCAGUGCAGCAACUACAUAAGCUGGCCAGUGCGAUUGCAAUUAUUGUCAUAUUUGUGGUGUCCGUCUUGGUAAUGGGGUUGGCUACUACAAAAGUGGUAUUCGUGGUCACAUCUCAACUUCUUAUUUUGGGAUUCAUGUUCCAAAACACAUGCAAAACCAUCUUCGAGUCGAUCAUUUUCGUGUUUGUCAUGCACCCUUUUGAUGUUGGCGACCGUUGCGUCAUAGAUGACAUUCAGAUGGUUGUUGAAGAGAUGAACAUUCUCACCACAGUGUUUUUGAGAUAUGAUAUGGAGAAGAUAUACUAUCCGAACUCAGUUCUCCUCACAAAGCCAAUAAGCAAUUUUAGGAGAAGCCCCGAUAUGGCCGACAGUAUCGAUUUCACUAUUAGUGUCUCAACUUCGAUCGAUGACAUCAAUACUCUCAAGAAGGCCAUACAAACGUACAUAGAGAGCAAGCCAAAGCAUUGGAACCCAAAGCAUUCGGUGAUAGUGAAAGAGAUAGAGAAUGUAGACAAGAUGAAGAUGGCUCUUUACGUUCAGCACACAAUGAACCACCAGAACUAUGGGGAGAAAACCACUCGAAGGUCAGAUCUCAUUCUGGAGCUCAAGAGGAUAUUUGAAAACUUAGGCAUCAAAUACCAUCUCCUACCUCAGGAAGUCCAUCUCACGCAAGUCAACACUAUCGGGAGGGUUCCAGUAUUGCAUCCAUGAUGAAUGAGAAAUCGUAGGUUAUUAAUUACGAGCUCCAUAAUUGGGAUGCUUCUUUUGAGUUUUUUUAUUAUGAGGGUAACGAGAGACAUUAAGUCAAUCGAGUUGGUGUUGUCCAUUUAUUUAUUGCUUUUACAUUUUAUUAGCAUACUCUAUAACUUGCUCUGCAUGGAUACACAAUAUACGUCGAUUUUGCGAAAAG